UGACUUGAGUUUGUUUGUAACCGGGAGCUUUUCCUUACCACUUUCGUUUAAGAUCGCGAACAUACGCUUUGCGAAAAGUUGAAUCGUUGCCCGAAGGGAACGACCUGAAAGUUCCGUAGUUAUUCUUUAUAAGGAACGUUGGAGUAGGUCUUGUUUUCAUCAAUCAUUUGUGAAUGUGAACAGGUGAAGUGUGGCAUUCUGGCAGUGUGUCAUUCAGUCGUGAUAAGCUUUUCGCCCUUUUGUUUUUACUUUUAUUUUUUCGUUAACUAUUCUUUUGUUUACUUAAAUUUUCAAUAUGAAUCACUUUGUCAGUAAUCAAGUUACUCCAGCUCUAAAAUCAGCUUGGUACCUUCGAAAUUUGUGUGGCUGUCAAAGUAGGACAGGUAGUGCCAGAACUUGCGAUCUCGUCUUCAAACUUCCUUGUCCCUUAAUGAGUCUCAGGUGCACUCGAUUUUAUGGUACUUACCACAGCAGAUGUCUUGGUGCUAGCAGCUCAGUUUUGCAAAAUUCCACAGAUACCAAAUAUGAUACAGGCACCUUUAGAAACUCAGCAGCCCCUGUUCAGCUGCACUCUUUGGAUCUCUCUCGAAGUUUCCGCACAUUCAGCCCGUUAUACUGCAGCCCACUGAAACCAUCAUCCAGAGUGGAAGAAACAGUUUCAGCUCUCAAGGAAAAAGCGAAGGAGAAAGUUGAAGCCACGAAAAAAGAACAGGCAGCAGAGCCUACAGUAGUGGCAGUGCCGCCUAAGAAAAGUUUGAAGCAAAAAAUAAAAGAUGAACUUUUGCAUUACUAUCAUGGUUUUAGACUAUUAGGAAUCGAUAUUAAAGUCUCAUCAAAGCUUGUUUGGAGAGUUCUGAAUGGAAAGAGCUUGAGCCGCAGAGAAUACAAUUUGCUUGUCAGAACAAUGUCUGACAUGUUCCGUCUUGUUCCUUUCUCCGUUUUCAUCAUUGUUCCUUUCAUGGAAUUCCUUUUGCCCGUGUUCAUCAAAUUUUUCCCAGGAAUGUUACCAUCAACUUUUCAAACUUCUUCAGAUAAAGAAGCAAAAAUUGUACAAAACCUAAAAAUCAAACUGGAAAUGGCAAAGUUCCUUCAAAAAACUUUGGACAACAUGUCAGUCCAUGGAGUUGAUGAUGGCAACCCAUCAGAGUCAGCUGCCAAACUCGCAGAAUUCUUCAAAAAAGUCAAAGAAUCAAGGGGAAUGGUGACAAGUGAAGAAAUUCUAAAGAUCUCUAAACUCUUUCGGGAUGAAAUCACUCUCGAUUCAUUGUCCAAGCCUCAACUGGCUGCUUUGUGCAGAGUCCUGGAAAUCCAACCCAUAGGAACGUCCAAUGUACUUAGAUUUCAGUUGCGAAUGAAACUGAGAAGUUUAGCUGCUGACGACAUUUGGAUCCGGAAAGAAGGGAUUGAUUCCCUCUCAGUGUCAGAGCUUCAGGCUGCAUGCAGGGCUCGAGGCAUGCGCGCUUACGGGUUGACUGCAGAAAGGCUGAAAGAGCAGUUGGAGCAGUGGAUACAUUUAAGUCUUAAUGAAAAAGUUCCUCCGUCUUUACUUUUAUUGUCCAGAGCUCUCAUGCUUUCAUCAUCUGAUGUUCCACUUGAUCAGAUCAAGGCUACUAUCUCUGCACUUCCGGAAACUAUGGUUUCUUCAGUGCAAGCUGAAAUUGGUGAAAUUGAAGGUAAGCCUGACAACAAGUUGAAGAUCGCCUUGAUCCAGGAAGAAGUUCGCAAGAUUUCAGAAGAAAGGAAAGAAGAAUAUGAAGAGUUGAAAGCUGAAAAGAAAGAGACCGUUAAAGAUCCAGAGUUACUGGAAGACAAAGCUCCUGAGCUUACCGACACAACAGGCAUUGCUCCAACUCCUGUCACCGUGGCCAAAGCACCUGCAGAUGUUCCUGUAAGAGAAACUGUCACGGAAAAAGUCGUUCCUGAUAUUGUUGCACAAGGCUCAGCCGUCCAAAAAGAAGAGGAGCUUACCAGCAAAGAUCUUGCUCAAAUUGAAGAUGCUAUCUCCGUGUUAACAGUUAAUGGUAAGAAGAAGUUAUUGGUGGAAAAAGAUGAACUGGAACAACUUAAAGAAGAACUGGCUGACUACCAAGCGGACGUCUUGGAAUUGAAAGAGGCUUUGAAAGAGACUGACCCAACUCAUGUCAUUCCGAAAGUCAAGGAGUCUAAAGCUGCUAAUCGACUUUUCAAACGAAUGAACAAGAUGAUAAACAAACUGGACCAUGUUAGAGAUAAUUUGGAGAAGAAAGGUGCUGAAAUCAAGAAAACGUUGGAAGUUGAAACCGUUGAAGACAAAAAGAGUGAUGAGCUUGUAAAAAUUGAUGAACUACUUAGUGCUAUCCAGAAAAUCCAAACUUUGCCCGACUCAUCGAAACUGGAAAAAAUUGCUGAGGUGCUCAGCGAGAUUGACAAGGAUCAUGAUGGACUCAUUCGAAUUGAUGUUGUUCUAAGGGUUUUGGAGCUUAUUGGCAACGAAAAUGUGAAGUUGAACAAGAAACAGAUUGAUGAACUGAUAGAACUUGUAGCGAAGGAAGAAAUGAUCGAGUUGGAAGAGCACAUAGCACAAGCACUGAAACAAGACAUGCAAAAGAGCAAAGAAGAUAAAGAAUCUGAAAGCCAAAAUCCAAAAUCAGGGUCCUCUUCAUCUUCAAGUUCAUCUAGCGAAUCAAGUUCGAACGAUUCAAAAUCUAGCCAAAACAAAAUAAAAAAGUCAACUCUGGAAAUGACGAAAGAGAUCACGGAAAAAACGCGGAAAUCAGAUGAUUCGAGCGGUGAUAAACAAAGCUGCAAUGUUCCACCGCCAAAACAGACCGUCAGCGUCAAAUCUGUGGACAUUCAGAAGAAGUCUGAUCCUUUAAAACCCAACAAUGAACCGAAAAACCUGUGAUAAACCUAGUCUCUUCUCUAUCUGUUAGUUCAUUUGCCUUUUGCCCCCUCUUCAAAUUUGUUUUGCUCUUUCAACAAAUGUACAAAUCAUGUUUGGUUCAUUCCAAAAAGCUGUUUUACUUACGAUUUCAUGUGUAAAUGUGUGUAUAUAAUAUGAUAACUGUACUGUUGUAAGUAUCUGUUAAGCGCUACAUAUUUUUCUAGUAUUAUUUUACUUGAUCCGAACUAUUUUCAUUAAUUAAAUGAACUUGAAGUUUCUUA